CCCGAUUGCGAUGAAGGGCAGAAUGGGGUUAGUGAGGGGCCUGUGGCAACUUAACCUCCUCAUAUGAUGAUUCCCCGGAUUUGACGGCAUCCAAUUCGGUUUCGUGUUGACCCCCCGAACCGGGCAACUAGGAUUACCAAUCUCCAUUUUCUCUCCAUCAUGAGCUCCGGGUUCGCAGUAGCGUGCCGACCCAGUUUUAGCAUUCUCCUCUGACAAGGUAAACUACGGACUACAUUCACACUUCGCGCUAUAACAUCUGUCCCUGCUUGUGCUCGUGCCUGUCGACGGUUGCAUCAUCUUGAACACCAGAUCCAGGACAUAUCGGCACCAUGCGGCCACAGAAACAUAUCGCCGCGUCACUGCGGAGGGUUUCAGGAGCCCUAUCCCACGCAUCCUACAGCCCCGCGACAUCACAGUCAUCUAGAACUGCUGCGGUAGCUGGACUGCGGUUAUCUCGAGCUCAACCACAACAACAACAACAGCAACGAUGCCUACACGGACAAGCGCCCCGGCGCAGCGGCGCCUCCAAUCCCGCAAUGGCCUUCCCCUGCCUCGACGCCCUUGAAACCCGGUCCGAAACCCUCAAGAAGCGCUCCGACGCGAGCGGCCCCGAGCCAUCCUACGUUGCCGGUGCCACCCAGACCUUCCAUUGUGACGAACCCCUACUUCUCGACUGGGGUGGCAUGCUCCCCGAGUUCGACAUCGCCUACGAGUCGUGGGGCGAGAUGAACGCCGACAAGUCCAACGUUAUCUUGCUACACACGGGUCUUUCAGCGUCGUCCCAUGCCCAUUCUACGUCAGCCAACCCCCAGCCCGGGUGGUGGGAGAGGUUCAUUGGUCCCGGCCUCGCUCUCGACACCGACAAAUAUCACAUCAUUUGCACAAACGUUAUUGGCGGCUGCUACGGUUCAACGGGACCGAGUAGUAUUGACCCGGCAGAUGGACAGCGCUAUGCCACCAGGUUUCCCAUACUUACACUGGAGGAUAUGGUACGGGCGCAGUUCCGUUUGUUGGACAAUCUGGGGGUCAACAAGCUGUACGCCAGCGUGGGCUCUAGUAUGGGCGGCAUGCAAUCGUUGGCUGCCGGCGUGCUAUUCCCCGAGCGUGUUGGCCGGAUCAUCUCGAUCAGCGGCUGCGCCAGGAGUCACCCAUACAGCAUUGCGAUGCGACACACGCAGCGGCAAGUCCUCAUGAUGGACCCCAACUGGAACCGAGGUUUCUACUACGACAACGUCCCCCCACACGCUGGCAUGAAGCUGGCGCGCGAAAUUGCGACUGUGACGUAUCGGUCAGGUCCCGAGUGGGAGCUGAGGUUCGGCCGUAGAAGGGCGGAUCCCAGCAAGCCGCCUGCUCUUUGCCCGGACUUCCUCAUAGAGACCUAUCUGGACCACGCGGGAGAGAAGUUUUGCUUGACGUACGACCCAAACAGUUUGUUGUACGUCAGCAAGGCUAUGGAUCUGUUUGACUUGGGUCAUGCGGGCCAAAAGGCUGCGGCUUCCAGACGGGCUGAGCGGUUGGAUUCGCUCCAUAAGGGGGUUUACGCAUCAAAUGAGAACGUGUCCUGCAGCCUGACGCUGCCGGACAAGCCCUACGAGGAGCAGCCUGAAUCGGCGGGCUCCGCAGAUAUUGACACCAAGCUUGCCACACAGUCAGACUCGAAGCCACCCGAGGAUUUGAUCAAGGGCUUGUCUGCCCUGCGAGACCACCCGGCGUUGGUCAUGGGUGUUGCCAGCGAUAUUCUGUUCCCAGCAUGGCAACAGCGCGAAAUUGCCGAUGCGCUGAGGUUGGCUGGGAACCGGAACGUGGCGCAUUAUGAGUUGAGUGAGGAGCAAAGCAUGUUCGGUCACGACACGUUCUUGUUGGAUGUGAAGAAUGUUGGAGGGGCUAUCAAGAACUUUCUGCAAUAAAAAGGGGGAGGAGAGAAUGUUUUAAUACUGCACAUUCAACAGCAGGAUGGAGGAAGUUACAGUAAUAGAAGCAGAGCGAGACGGGAAUCCAGACCCUGAGCCAUACCACCCGCAAAGCACAUCCACCUUUGCUUCCCAAUCGACUAGCCGAGAUUUCACGAAACCCAAAACGUGUAGAACCAUGGUCUCAUGGUCAAUAAUCACCCACAGACCAAGUGUUCAAGUAAGUUUCAAUGCCAUUGCUGUAGUUGUACUCGUCGACAACAAAACUAGGUUUAAUCCAUCAGGUAGUACGACCUAAGGACCAUCGAGUGACACCACCGGUGCUCGGGGAUAGGAACACCAAGCCUAAGAAGAGCAAAUAAUAGCCCGAUUCAAGUCACACAAGUCCAGCGAUCCUGUUAGAAAAACCUGUGAAGCUAUUGA